AUGUCUCCCCGCAAACGUAAACGUUCUCAAGCAUUUGAGGAGUACGAUGAAAACGAAGACUUUCUCCCUCAGAACCAGGAUAGCCAGGAAAUAGACAGCGGGGAACGAGACCAGUUGCAAUUGGACAAAGAACGCGACAUUUGGGACGCGUUUCGGGAAGAGCACUUUGAAGUCGUUGAGCAGCUACCUUUGACUCUUCACAGACAGUUCUCCCUCAUGCGCCAGCUUGAUGAGCAAGCUCAAGGCUACACGUCGCAUCUGAUUCCAACCUUGAUGCGGUACAUCAAGACACGGCGUUCCAUUGGAGCCAGGCUCCCAUCCGACGAGACUGGCCACACUCAUCAAAAUGGUACAAUCAAUGGAGAGUCUUCGUCUAUCACCCCAGCUAAAGUCGCCGCACCUCUCAGACAAGACAUUUUCGACUCCUGUACCUCAUCAGAGCCUCCAGCGCCAAUGGGCCUACCUCCAGAGCGACGUAAGAUACCUCAAACAACGCGUGAAAUGUUGUCGCACAUCGCAUGGUUGUCGGAAGAAUUGCUGCGUGGAUCUCAAGAGAAGGUUAAUCUAGCUCAGGCUGCUCAUGAUUCGAUUGACAGACAGCUUCGCUUGAUUGAACAAGCUAUCGCGGAACAAGAAGCAAAUCUGUCUCAGGAGGAUGUCGCUGCGGUCAAUAUCCAUUUACCCGACCUGAUUAUUCCGAAAUGGAGUAGAAACACGACAAGUUCGAAGGGGAACGAUCAAGACAAUGUUGGAGCAAUGGAAGGAAGCACUGUAGGCCGCUCUUUGCUGCCUGGGGAAUGGAGUGGUCCACUUAACAAUUCACAGGACGGAAGAGGGGCAAAAAGAGAGGGCCAUUUUACUGGACCUGUACCACGCAAGGCCCUCCAAGAGAAUGCUAUGCAAGAUGCGCCGCCAUUGAAAAUAACGCUUCCUGCCCCUCAUUCUAGAAACCAUCUGCCUUCCAAUGGUGGUGACUCCACUGAAGAACUCUAUUGUUACUGCAACCGUGUCUCGUUUGGAGAGAUGAUUGCUUGUGAUAACAAGGCUUGUACGCGAGAAUGGUUCCACCUUGGAUGUGUUGGCUUGACUGAGCCGCCUGAGGGGGAGUGGUUUUGCGAGGAUUGCAGUGUCACCGAAAUAUAG